GUCCCGCUCCUCCCGCCGGGCGGGGCCGCCGGGGCGGGGCUGUGGCGGCGGCCGCGGGCUCGGAGCCGGAACCGGGUGACCUUGUGCCGCAGAGCGGGGCUGCGGGCGUCGCCGCUGCCGGGCAAGCUGGGUGCGGAGACGGCCGAGAUGGUGGAGGACGGCGGCGAGGAGGAGGCGGAGGGGGACAGCGGGGAGAUGCCGGCGGCCACCGCCGCGCCCCCCCUGCAGCGCUGCAACGGCUUCCUACCUGGCAAGGAGGCGGAGGACGGCGGGCGGGCGGGCGGCGGGGAGCGGGCGGAGGCCGAGGCCAUGCUGUCGGCGGCGGGCGGCCGGGUGGAGACGCGGCUGUCGCGGCGGCGGCUGGCGGUGCUGGCCGUCUUCAGCUGCUACUCGCUGCUGAACGCUUUCCAGUGGAUCCAGUACAGCAUCCUUAGCAACGUCUUCGCGGUCUUCUACGGCGUCUCCUUCACGCAGAUAGACUGGCUCUCCAUGGUCUACAUGGUAGCCUACGUGCCGCUCAUCCUGCCCGCUACCUGGCUGCUGGACACCCGCGGUCUGCGCCUCACGGCACUGCUCGGGGCCGGCCUCAACGGGCUGGGCGCCUGGCUCAAGUGCGGCAGCCUGGCCCCCGGCCGCUACCCGCUCACCCUGGCGGCCCAGGCUGUCUGCGCCGUCGCGCAGGUCUUCAUCCUGGGGCUGCCGUCGCGCAUCGCCUCCGUAUGGUUCGGCCCCACCGAGGUCUCCACCGCCUGCGCCGUGGCUGUGCUGGGCAACCAGCUUGGCACUGCAGUAGGGUUUUUGUUGCCACCUGUUUUGGUUCCAAAUACACCUAAUGAUAUCGAUCUAAUGGCACAUAACAUCAGCAUCAUGUUCUAUGGAACAGCGAUAGUGUCCACGCUUUUGUUCUUCUUAACAGGCGUUGUGUUUGAAGAAAAGCCCAAAUACCCUCCUAGUCACUCUCAAGCAGUCCUGCAGACUGUGCCUCCUGAGGAUUACUCCUACAAGCAGUCAAUUGUUAACUUGUUCAGAAAUAUUCCAUUUGUGCUUCUGCUGAUCAGUUAUGGUAUUAUGACUGGAGCAUUUUAUUCUGUCUCCACACUAUUAAACCAGAUGAUAGUAACUCAUUAUGAGGGAGAAGAAGUGAACGCUGGGAGAAUUGGCUUGACACUGGUGGUGGCAGGAAUGGUGGGUUCGAUUAUUUGUGGUUUGUGGCUGGAUUACACUAAAACAUACAAACAAACUACUUUGAUCGUUUACAUUCUCUCUUUCAUUGGAAUGCUGGUGUUUACCUUCACCCUGGACCUUGGAUACCUUACAGUAGUGUUCGUGACUGGAGGAGUGCUUGGGUUCUUCAUGACUGGCUAUCUCCCGCUUGGGUUUGAAUUUGCUGUGGAAAUCACAUACCCAGAGUCUGAAGGCACUUCCUCGGGUCUCCUUAAUGCAUCAGCACAGAUAUUUGGAAUUGUCUUCACACUUGUUCAAGGAAAACUCACAACAGACUACAAUCCUCGUGCAGGAAACCUCUUUCUUUGUGCUUGGAUCUUUGUGGGCAUUAUCUUAACAGCCUUAAUAAAAUCAGAUUUGCGAAGACACAAUGUGAAUUCAGGGAUUAUGAAUUUGGAUGUUAAAGCUGUACCAGUUGAGAGUCCUGUAGAACCUGAAAAUACUGCAUUAAAAAUUCAGUCAGCUUUAUAAAAGCUGAAAGAAGGUGACUUUAGAAACACACAAGUUUGGUUGGCUACUGAACAAUGUUAAUUAGUGUAAUCACUGGAUUUGUGUGUAUGAGUAGUGAAAUGUGUUUGGUGAUACUGGUGAUAGUUGUGUGAUAGAAACUAGGAAGAUGCUCAGUUCAUUUUGCCCAUGAUGCAAACAAUUCACUUUUGUAUGGAGUAUUUAUUUUAAGAGUUUUCAAGUUGUGCAGUUUCAUUAGUAGAGGACUGUGUGAAUACUCUCCGGGCGUAAGGAGACACGCACAUUCAGGAUGCAUACUUGAAAAGAUCCGGAAUUCUGAAGUACAGUCAUCAUGAGCAGAAGUAUCUGAUCUCUUUAUUGUUCAGUCUUUGCUGGUGUGUUUGAAAAGUCAGAGCAGGUUGUUCCCCAGCUGGAGGAUGUUCACAAGGUCCUUUUUUAAAAUGUAUCUGUAUUUUUAAUAUAAGCCAAUGGUUCCUUCUGGGAAACUGUCUAUAGCACAAUAGUGAAAACAAGGGAUGACUGCAGACGUGUGCUUCAUACUGACAUUUCUUUUGCCUUGAAGCUUCUCGAUUGGUAUCAGAAGGCAGAUAAAAGAAAACACUAUCUUACAGAUUCAUUCUAACAUUUCCAGGGAGAUUUAGAGAGUCUCCCACUAGAUAAAUUGAAGAAAAAACCCAUUUCUUAUUAAAUACAAAGGAGGAGAAAGGCCUUUGUCUCUACUGUGGAGUAUUUAUAAGCAAUGGAACACUACCACACAGAUUGCCUCCGCAGAACAAUUUGAGUGCUUUCUCAGUUAAAGUGAGAGGAGUACGUGUUUACAAAGAGCUGGUGCCUUUACUUUGUAAAGAAGAUCCUUGCCUCAUCUUGAGUUUAAUCAGUGCUGCUGAAGAAAUUCCAUUUUGCGUGUUAAACCUUCUCCGAAUCUUUGUGGAGUAUCAGAAAAUGUGUUCUAUCCUUUUGUGCAUUUAUUUCUCUGUGUUACGAAUUGUGUCAUUUGUCUUACGGAUUUUUUUGUGCUCAUACAAUUUAAAUCAUGUACAGUCAAAAGCUGUAAGGAUGACUGAAGGGAAAAUAGUGAUGUUUCACUUUGUCUGAUGAAAUAUUUGCUGUUUAUAUCAUGCAUCUUGGUUACAAAAGGAGCAGACUUCAAUAACAUUCACCUUGUGUUAUUAGAUUUAUCUGAAAUUGGGAUGUGGAUUUCUUACUGCGGUGCUUCUGAAAAUAUUCUCCUUUACCUUGUGCUCUAUCUCCACACCUCUAGAAUUGAUAGCAGCACAAUAAUAGUGGGGCCCUACUAUUACUGAAGAAGUCAGACCUGACUUGGUGGACUUUCUGCAAAUAUUUAAGCUUUGGCAGUAUUUAAGAUGAGCCUGAAGUUUCAGUGCCAUCAAUGAUGCCAUCUCUUUGAGUUCCCACAGAUGUCAUGCCAUCCUGAAGGUGGAAUCCUACUCAAAGUUCUCCACAGAUUGUUCCAGUUGGGUAUGGGGAACUUUGUAGCUCCAAGAUAAGUCUUUCAGUAUGACAAGUAUCAUGAAAUGCUUUUCUUCUUUUUCAUUUCACUGUAAAUUUAGAGAAUCCUUUUAUAUAAAAAGGACCCUGUAAGCUCAGCUUUCUAAACUUAGCCUCUAAACUUGAUGAUCUUGAUUGAACAUUCUGUAUGAUCAAUGCUUCAGAUAUGGGAAUACACCUAUCAGAAUAAGCUAAGCAUGCUUGGAAUACUCGCUUUUCCAACAAAAGGUCCAUGUUUCUUUGCCAUGUCCAGUGCUAGAGAGAAAAUGCGCACACUUUGCUGCUCCUGGAGAGGCAAGGUCUACGAGAAGAGUCCUCUGGUGAGGUAGCUUCAUAUAGGAGAAGUAACUCACAGAUACUCCAAUGGCACACAAGAAUACAGGAGUGGAAGUAGAGAUGCUUUCAUUGUGUCAGUUCUUUACAUUUAGUGACUUGCUGUGAUAAGAGCUGCCCCAUCAAAGGCUGUACCCAGUUCCAGCCUGGAUGAGCAAAGGGAGCAUUCCUGCCUUUUGAUAUCUGUGGGUGGCAUUUCCCUUUGGAAAAAUGAUAAUAAUGUGUGCCAAAAUAUACAUUCUUUGGCAAGAUACAGAUUCAUAUUUGUGUUCAUGGCCCGUGGUUGCUUUUAUUCUGCUGUUGCAAAAUCUUCACUGAAUAAUAUUUUUGCAGUUUUGGGGAAGUGUUCUCAAAUGUCCAACAGAAGGUCUUUGGCAGUAUCCAAAUGCUUUCCAAAAUGUCCUGUACACACUGUUCAAAUUCACAGAUUCAGCUUUUUCCUUUCCUUUCAAAAUCUAUGUUUGAAUUCCUUUCUUCACUACUGGUUUCCAGUUUCUUUAGUUAUGUUCAGCUGAUUGACAAAAAAAAAAUAGUCCAGCCCUUCUGGCUCCUUGUGCUUUCUUGUCUUCUGCCAAAUUACCUGCCUACCCUCUGAAAAAGGUCCAAACAGGAUUUUGGUAUGUUGGAAACCCUGCUGGGUCCCUGGAAAGAAAAUAUUCCUGAUAAUGAAGGCUUAAUUGUAUCCUGGAUUUAAUACUCCCCCUCUUGAAAGCUGGAAACCUGUGAGCUAUUUGCAGGCAAUGAUGAAGUAUUUAAAGUGUUUAAAGCAGCAGCAAAAUAAAGAGCAAAUAAAGAACAAACCAGUGUUUUAUGCAAUAAUCUGAUGUUCUGUCGGGAAACUGAGGGUUUAGCUCACGGCAGAAAUAAAUUGGGGUAAUUGGGGCUAAACAAACCAUUCACUCAAUCAAACGUCGACCUGGAACUGGAAAUAGUGUUUCUGACUCUUAGCCUUGAGAUUCUUGACCAGCCCUUUAGUGAGAGUGGGGCCUAAAAAUCCUGACUGCUUAAAGAGAGAAUCAUUUAAUAAAUGGAAUUAUAUAUAUGUCAACUAAGAGAGGAUGGAGUGGGGAACCAAGUGAGGAGAGGUAUCCCAAUCCCAUGCAUCCGCUUUUGAUUUUCAAUAUUCUUUUCUUCUAAGUGUUUCAGGAGAACUCUAGAGGAUGCAAGAAAACUCAUGUAAUAGUGAGCAUAAGCAAGGAAUGCUCCCACAUUCCCAGGGACCCACUAGGGUGUGUAAUCCCUAACUUGCAGCUACAAGAUUCAGAGAUCAGCCUUUAAAAUAACUCCAGCUUUCUUUGUUUCUUCCAGACCAUGUUAAACUUUUGCUAGCUUUGGGGGGAGGAAUCCAGAGAACCCAUUUUUGUGUAGGAUUCUUAACAUGGCCUUAAAGCCCUUUGUUGGCUGGGUGUGAAAAUACCAGGCCUGUGAGGCAUAGCGUGGAAUUGCUGCAGGGGGGAGCUUUCUUCUUCAGCUUGCUACGUAAGUCCCUAAGAGCAUUUAUCUUACAGAUGAGUGCUUGUCUUCAGCAACAUAUCUUUCUGUUGCUGAAUGCUCCUGUUUUACAAGGAAGAAAGAACAAGGGAAGAAGUGGGAAGAAUACACAAGAAUCAUUUCAGGUUAAUAGGGCUUUCCUAACUUCAUCCUUUUGGUCAUCUCUUUUGGUCAAGACGGUCUGUUGUUUCAGAGACAAUCACUGGAGUGUGUCAUUAGAGCUGCCGGCCCAUGUUGCCCAAUGAAAAAAUGCUUUUUGAGAAACUUCUGCACUAUCUUGUGCAGCUACAAUCAAGUGAAAUUGGGUUAAGCUGUAAGAUUUACUGCUUUCGCUUUCCAUUUGGUGAACUCAUGAGUUUUUCCUGCGUGAAUGGGAACGUGUGACCUUUUUGGUUGCUGUCUUUCAGUCUGUGUGUGUAUCAGCUUUCUGAAGUGUUAUAGGCUACUAAUGAUUCAUCGUCCACAAGCUAAGUUAUUGUAUCCCAUGUGAUUGCCCCCCCCUUAAGCGAAAAAUAUUCCCAAGAGAAACGUAUUUCCAUGCAAGACCCAUGUUAUUUACUGCGCGUCUUUGUUCUUCUCAUGAAGAUAGCAGAUAUUUUUGUUGUAAUAUUCUGAUUUUGGUAGCAUCCUAUUCUUUGUUUUUCAGAGGAAAUUAAAAAUUCCUUAUGGGUGAUCUGAUUGCAAUAUUGUGUGUAUGUGUAUAUGUGGGUGACAUCAUUCCUUACCAUUAUAUGUUACUAAUAAAGUGUAUGAUGUGCAACUUGA